AUAUUAGGGAAACAAAGUGCUGUAGUUUGCACCCAUAGGAAGUGAUGUACUCGUGAAGCCAUGGCAAAACACAUUCUACCUCGACUCUGGAUUAUUUCUCGUCAUUUUGUUUUUUUCCAUUGUGCAAGUGAAUGUGAGUGCGACUGGUUGUUUGUUUGUAUGUGCCCUGCGAUUGGCUGGCAACCAUUUCAGGGUGUACCCCGCCUCCUGCCCAAUGGUAGCUGGGAUAGGCUCCCGCGACCCUAGUGAGGAGAAGCGGCUCAGAAAAUGAAUGAAUGGAUGGAUGGAAGGUGCCGGAUUGAUUGGGACGUACAUUUUGCCCAAGCUAUUUUUUGACUCUGUGGAUUAUUUGUAGACCAUUUGUUUAUUGUAUUGUGUGAUGUGGUGGUUAUCAUGAAUAAUGGGCAAAAUGAGCAAUUGCAGUAGUUAUUUGGGAUUCAAAUUGCACACGUAACUAUGCUUGCCAUGUGCUUUUUGACACUGUGGAUUAUUUGUAGUCUUUGUUUAUUUCCAUUGUGCAAGGUGGUGUUAUCCUGAAUAAUUAAUGAGAAGAGUGAUUGCAUAAGUCAUACGUAUGUGCCCUUGUCGUGUGUGACCAAGGGUGGCGUGGAGUUUUUCUUUUUAAUUUGUGGAUUACUUUGAGUCGUUCUGUAUGUUUCCAUUGUGCAAACUUGCAUUUAUCAUUAAUAAAUCAAAUUACAUGUACUGUGCUUUGCAUGGAUACAUUGUGCCCAUACGGAACCUAGUGAUCUGUGGGACUUUUUUUUUUUCUUUUUUUUUUACACUGGAUUAUUUCUAGUUGUUCUGUUUAUUUCUGUUGUUCAAGGUGAUGUUAUCAUGAAUAACUGGUGAUAGGAGUUCAGCCAUUAAUAAUACUACAUGUGCAUUGCACGUACCCAUGCAGUCCCCGUACUUUACAAUUUUUUUUUUUUACUUUGUGCAUGAAUUUGAGAUGUUAUAUUUAUUUCCACCAUUUAUUUCUAUUGUGCAAGUUAGUGGUGAUCACGACUGGCAAAAGGAGCCAUUGCAUUAAUUGUACAAGAAGUACACUGUGCAUGUGCUUGAGUUUGCAGCGUUUUUAUUUCACUCUGUAGAUUAGUUCUAGUUGUUACCCAUGCAUGACUAAGUGUAAUGUGGGCGAUUUUUGUAGUUGUGUUGUUGUUUUCCAACCAUCUAUGUUCUAUAGCAUUCACACCUACGGAAGAGUUAGUCUUCAAUGAAUCUGACAUGCAUGUUUUUGGAAAUUGGGAGGAAGUCGGAAAACCCAGAGAAGUCAAAAUUCGAAUCCCGAACCUCAGAACUUUCAUUCACUGCCAUUGACGGCUGUUGAAUUCAAAUAUCCAUGUUAACAUGGAGGACUGGCAGUGAAUGAGUUAAGGCUAAGAUACUAACAACUACACCACCGUUCUUCCUUUUUGUUGUAAUGUAUUUAUUUCCAACCAAGCCUGCUUUUUUUUACUUUGUAGAUUGCUUGUGUAAAAUUAUAAUUACUACCUAGUAACUACGAAUGUACCGUUAUGGCUAUGAAUGUUUUAUGGUUCCAAUUUAACAUUCUGACUAAGUGUCGAACAGUCUCUUAAGAGACUAAAAUAAAGUAAAAGUACUUACCCUUUGAAGGAUUAGUAGUAAUUGGCCAUUGAGAUGUGUUGCAUUGCAGUAUAGAUCGUCAGGACGUGACUUUAUGGUGUCAGUUGCGCUGCGAUGUGAGCUGCGACGGUUUGGCCUAUGAACCUCGACGCUCUCGUGCGUGGCGAGGCGAGGCAGUAUCGGCGCUCAUCUACCGCAACGCCUGCGCUAUCACCCAUCAGACAGCGGAGAGGCGCUCGUGGCGUCGGCACACGCGCUGCAUUCAUUUGUCUUGGCGCGCGAGAAGAUUACAGAGGAGGAGAUCGGAUGUUGGAGACGCUUUCGUCCGCUUUCUCCUUGUGGUUUCACGUCCUUAACUAGCUGCUGCUCCUCGCUCCCUUCCUUCUUCCUCCAGGUGGACACUUGAUUAGGUGCCUGAGACUACCAUCCAUCCAUCUACCAUCUACAUCGCCAAGAUCCCAGACAGCAUCAGUCACCAACGGGAUGACUUGUUGGCGGGAUUUUGUGACAAUGUUUUCGAUUAUCUGAAUGGCCACCAGCUGCCGGAAGAGCAUGAACACAUAUCACAUUGCCUUAUAUCUGAGCUCAUCAUCGUUGGCCGAGCGCUCUCUGGGUUAAGGUCUGUCUGGGAUCAAUGCCGAUCAAGUUGUUUUAGAUCCGCGGUCAUGCAGGGAGGCGUCAGUUUGCCACCAAACUGGCAGCUCUUGGCUUUCAUUGGAGCCCCUCUGUCGACCCCAGAGAUCCCAUGACCAAUGCAAAUACGUAAGUGUUAGUGGUGAACUGGAUGUACUUUAGAAUUCUAUCCAGUACAUUGGGAUAUCGAUCACGGCGCCAUCGCGAUGAGCGCAUGAUUGCAGCCGCGCCACGCCAUCCUCGUCGUGGCCGGUGGUCGCCCCCCACUCGUCGUCCUCGGCCAUGACCCGGCUGAUGUUGGGCCGAACUCUGGAGCGCAUCUGCAAGGGCGUCCUGUUGCUCUGCCUGCUCCACUUCCUCAUCAUGAUGAUCCUCUACUUCGACGUCUACUCGCAGCGCUUCGACAUCUUCAGCCGCUUCAACAACGGACGCAACGGCUCCCGGAACAACGCCAGUGGACAUCAUUUUUACUUCUACAACAUAUCCAGGGCCAACGCCACCGUGGCUAGCUACCUGGCCACAGGUGAGCAGGCGGGGCCCACCGCACAGCCCCGUGCCAAUCGGACGCCUUCGCCCAAGCCCCUGCCGCCGUGUCCUGAGAACCCCCCCGGCCUCGUGGGCCGCCUGUUGAUCGAGUUCAGCUCCCAGAUGACGAUGGAGCGCGUGCAGCGAGAGAACCCCAACGUGACGGAGGGAGGCCGCUACACGCCACCCGACUGUCGGCCUCGAUGGAAGGUGGCCAUCAUCAUCCCGUUCCGUCACCGGGAAAACCACCUAAAGUACUGGCUUCACUACCUCCACCCCAUCCUGAGACGGCAGAGGAUCGACUACGGCAUCUACAUCAUCAAUCAGUUGGGUGAGGACACGUUCAACCGCGCCAAGCUGCUGAAUGUAGGCUACGUGGAGGCGCUGAAGGAUGGCGACUACAACUGCUUCAUUUUCAGCGACGUGGACCUGAUCCCCAUGGACGACCGCAACCUCUACCACUGUUACGAGCAGCCCCGACACUUCGCCAUUGCCAUGGACAAGUUCGGCUUCAGGCUACCCUACGCGGGCUACUUCGGGGGCGUGUCAGGCCUCAGUAAAAAACAGUUCUUAAAGAUCAAUGGCUUCCCCAAUGAGUACUGGGGCUGGGGAGGGGAGGACGACGACAUCUACAACAGGAUCACUCUGAACGGGAUGAAGGUGUCCAGGCCGGACGUGCGCAUCGGCCGCUACAGAAUGAUUAAACACGAGAGAGACAGACACAACGAGCCCAACCCUCAAAGGUUCAAUAAAAUCCAGAACACCAAGAACACCAUGAAGAAGGACGGCAUCAGUUCGCUCACCUACAGAGUGGUGCAGAUCAAAAGGUACCCGCUGUACACCAACAUCUCGGUAGAGAUCGGCAAACCGCCUCCCCGGCCUUUCAAGGGAUAGAGAGAAGGUAGGUUUGGGCAAUUGGGAUGGAGGGCCAAAAGACGUCACAAGCACAUCAUGGUGAGGAAUUUUUUUCUAACUUGCUCAUAUAAGCCUCUGGACAACUUUGGAUUGAGGGAAUUGUUAAAAGCAGGAAUUUGGACCAAAAUGGAAGAUACCCACUGGAACAGAGGCAUGGAGAAGUGGCCCAACCCUCCAGGCUAAACAUUCCAAAAAUGGCAAAAAGCAGUCAAGUGAAUAACGGGAGGGUCACAAUGUGCAGUUUUGAGACCUCAACGUCAAAUGACGGGGUAGCAUAGAUUCACGAGGACACCUCCGGGAUGGGGAGUGACACGUCAAGAACAUGACGGCCGCCAUUUCCCGCAUGAUGAGCGUGCGUGUCACGCGACUUGAUCUCGCUCACAUAUGUACAUGAUCCUGCGCAGGUAGGAAAUACUCUCAAAUCAAUGCCUCUGGCAUUAACGAAUGAAUGUAUCGUGCCUGCAUCUCCCACACGGGGACAACGCUGGGACAGAUUUUUUUAAGGUUUGUUAAGACUGAACGGUAUUGGAGCAACUUGUUCAACAUGAAUAUGUAUGUUGAGUCUGUGGUGUUGGAAAACAUCGCAAAAGAUGAACCCUUUUGUUUUGAUAACAUUAAUAAUAGAUAAGGCAGAUGCACUUGUAUUAUAAUUAGGAUUUGAUUUGACGUGAUGUGAGGCACAACAGGGUCAUAAUCGUUUCUCAUGUUCCUCUAAAAUUGGAUUUUAAUGCCUGCGGUUGCACACCGACACAGAAUCGUUACAUUUAAUUGAAUUUUCAUUGUAUUUUGCCAUCUUCUCACUCUGACUUAUUGGCUUCAUGCAUUGGAUUUAAUUAGAUUGAAUUUGAUUUGAUUUUUCCACUGACUGACCUAUUGGCUUCAUGCAUUUAAUUCAAUUUGUGUAGUUUUUAAAUGACUCAUUAGCCUUCACUUGUCUUUAUCUCCUCCCUCUGACUUGCUGGCUUAUUCAAAAUCAAAAAGUAACAGUAAGAUUGUGUUAUCGUUAGCUAUAUGUUAUGAAUAUUCAUACCUUGUGAUAUGAAUAUUCAUGUAUUGUGAUAUCAGAAACAAUGAGCCUUAUCUUUUUAUUUAUUUCUUUUUGGUUUUAUUUCGUUACAUUAUAAACAUGGCACUGCCCAUCGUCAUUUCCCACAUUAAGUAUUUCAAAGUGUUUUUUUUCCUGUUUUUUUUGGUUUGUUUGUUGCUGUUUUGACACUGCUACACAGUUGUCGCCUACAUAUAUACAUAUAUACACCGAGCUGAUGCCUUCAGUAGUUAUUUUCUAUUGAUUAAAUGACAUGUUUUAAAUAAUGAACUGUAAACCAAAACAUUUUCUUUCUCAUUUGUUGCUUCGUCUUUGGUGAGCCUUGAAGAGAGAGACAAAAAAAAAAGUUCCCAUCUGUUUGCUUACUCUUCUCUUGGCCUCCAGGUUUUUUUUUUUUGGUUUGUUUUUUUCCAAGGUGAGAUGAGGCCUCUCUUGAGCGCACGCAUGCAGUCGCACAUUAUCGCUGUCUUCCCUUCUUACAGUUUUUGUGUGUGUGUGUGUGCAUUUGAUCACCUUUAAUUGCCUUUGCACAGUCCCAUUGACCUUUUCUGCCCUUCCUCCUGCAAAUCGACACUGCGAAAGCUUCCACGCACGGCUGCCACGUGUUCGCUUGGGGGGACUGGUUUGAAUUAACUCGAUCAUUUAUAUCAUUUCUAGAGAAACAAAUAUAUAUAAAGAAAAUAAAAGACAUCUCUAUAUGUUUUGGGGUGUAAAGGUGCAGCAAAAGCUUUGGUUAUCCCUAACCUUAGUGUCCCCGUUCACUUCGUUAGUAAGGGAACAGGAAACUGGUCUGUGAUGCAAAAAAGGUUUGGUACCGCUGUACUGUGCUUUUAAAAAAAAAAAAAAAAAAUGUCAAUGACAUCGAUCAUCACCGACUUCCAUCAAAAACAAAAAGUCUUUAGUCGUUCAACCAACAAUAGUCACAACCUUGUUUCCCAUCCCUUCAUUUCCAUUUUGUCCUCAGUCGCAGGACACAUUUAGAAACACCUAUGGACAAUUUAGAAUCUUUGAUUAAACGUAGCCAGAUUACCCGGAGAACACCCGCACAAGCAAAGCAUGCCAACGCCGCACAGGACCGAGCCGAGAUUUGAACCGCGAACCUCAGAACUGUGAGGCAAAACGUGCUCGUCUACCAUGCAACCAACCUUGUUUCCCAGUAAAUGUUAGUUCUGCUUCAUGUUGAGUAAUUUAUAGUUACUUGAUGAAAAGAGCAUGAAUUUACUCAACAUUUUUUUAAAUUAGCAUUUUCUCACAUGAAUUUAAGUACAGAUAUGUAUUCACAUGGACGGAGUACACGUAAAAAGUCAUCCGAAAAAUACUGAAUUAAAGAACAUGGACCUAAAAUGGACUUAAGUACUUAAUUAAUUCCCACCACUGAUAAGGAGUAGGGUAUAUUUUUUUCAUAGCCAUGCAAACGAUAAAUACAUGUUAUAAAAUGGAUGAUACUAAUUGCAGCGCGUUUUUUUGUAUGAAAUCUCAGACCUCAGCAGGCUUACGGCAUGACAUCAGUCAGACCUAAUUUGAUUCGAUGGGAGAAAAAAGGGCAGACGAGAGCAGCCCCCAGUGUGCGUUUUCACCACGGCGGGUUUUCGGAACGCUAUUCAUUUCCUUUCCGUUCAGCCGCCGCGUGCAAGAAGUGCUCCAUGUUUGCUAAUGGACUACAUGAGUGCUCGCUGAUGUUUGAAGCUGUACUCGUGGUCAAGCACACUUCAGGUGCUUACAUGUUUUCUUUUCCUCAGUACAGGCGGACUUCCCGUGUGCGGAACUUUCAGGGCCGUAAGGUGUUUUUAAGACAAAUACACAAAUAGCUUCUGUAAACCCAAGCGCCACUUUGUUUUUGUUUUUUGGUACAUCGAAUGUUGAAAAUGUUAUCUUAUAUAGAAUGCAUUAUGUCAUAUCAAAACUAAUUUUUUUAUACAAUCAAUAAAUCUGUUGGUUAAAGAUUGAA